AUGCGCAAACAAGGCUCGAGCGUCAGGGCGCCAAGGCGCGCCGUGCAUGUUUGCCGGGCUGUGCGCAGGGAAGACAUCGCAUACAGCCUGCCUCUGACUGCUGCCCCAAAGACACUCAGUGCACUAGUCAACGGGAACCACCUCACCGAGUCAUCAGUCCGCGUUAGUCACCGCGACCUGGUCAGGUCCGAGGCCGCACCAUUGCCACCAGCUAUAGAGGCGCACUCAUACACUGCUGACGCUAUGGGCGGGGGUCGGAGCGAGUCGUCAGCCAGUGACCCUGCAGCCGAGCCAAGCACAUCUUCGACCGCGACAGCGAGCAGCCCGACAGGCUAUGCGCACUCGGAUGCAGGCACGGAUCAUUCUGUCUCACUCUCCGACACGGAGCAUGGUCAUCUGUCCGAUCUAAGCAGCUUGAGUGACCCUGAAAUCGAUAUCGACGACUACGAGAUGGUGCCCUUCUCGAGCUCUGACGAACGCAGACCCAUCCACGAUCGUAGUGACGAUCGCCGUACGACCGGCUCGCUGCGAUCUUCGUCUGACGAGGACCGGGACACGGAGGAUGAAGCCACGCACGAGACACCAGCACGACCUCUUUGGGAGAGUGAAGCCGACGUCGUCAAGAUUCGUCGUCAGUCUGCAGAGACGGACGAGUCUGACAUCGAAGGAAGCUAUCUUGUCGAUUCUGCUCAUCAUCUAUCAGCCGAGCUGAAAUACAACUCAUCAUCUCUCACGAAUUCACGUGGCACGCUACAAGGGUCCGAUGGCUCGCUCAGAGCCAGCCAGAUCGAAUUAGCUUUCCCUGAUCCCAUGCGAUCAUCUGCAGAGACUGUCCAGAAGCCCAAGAAUCGCUCACGAUCGCGUCGCGCAAUGCGCCGUAAGAAAGCAACGACAGACUCGCUUGCUGCAGGGCCUGCUACUGAUCCAGUACCAAGCGAGACUGCCGUGACAGCACCCAGUGCGAAGCCAAAUCCACCUGCAAUCCACACUUUGCUCAUGUCAUAUGUCAGAACGAUGCGCGCAGGUCCGGCUGUCGGUAGCGUCGUUAGCCUCAUUGUCGCUAUCAUUCUGGGCUCAGCCGUCCUUCAGAGCCCUAGAAAAGCUUCAGAUGCUCUCAAUGAUGAGUUCCUAUACGGUGCAGCAUCUCUCACGAAUUCAAUCGCGGUAUCGACCCACCUGCAGCAAUUUGUUCGAUCUGCUGUGCCCACGGCUAAUGUCAAAAUAGCGACGGAACACAAAGCCCAGCCUUCCGCUUAUGCGCUCGCGGUCAGACCCAAGCACGAGGUGCAGGCAAUGUCCGAGGCCGUUCCUGCUGCAGCGAGUUCGAUGAGAAAGCGCCGGAGCAGGUCAAAGCAUACGCAAUCGGUCGAGCCUGCCGCUUCCUCGAGCACGGCUCCAGUCGAUAGCGCAGUGACUAAAGCUCUCCAGCGGUUCACUGCCUUCGAGCUGGCUACUACCACCGGCUUAGGUUUCACAAAGCAACAACUGACCGAAUCGAUCGCGUCUGCUGGUACUGCAUUCGAAGACACCGUCUCGCAUGCCGAGGCGGGCAUGGGAUCCAUCAAGGGAAUGCUGGCUCGUCAGAUUGAUCUAGUUCGUCGUCAUCUGACCGAUGCAGUCGGCAUCUUCCAUCAGGCCGCUUUCUACUUGUACGAACACUCUCGCCGCGUCGUCGAGACGAUCGGCGACACUACUGCCGAAUGGCAUCUUGACACGGCGCACACUGGAUAUGUCCUCACAAAGGCAGCCGAAGUAGUCGGACAUGGCGCAGGUGUACUCGACAACGAUCUCCGCAUCCUUUGGCAGACCAGCCUCCCGUUAAUGGAGCAGGCGCAGGCGAACAUCCGCAAGGCCCAAGGGGAUCUCAGGAGCAGUCUACCCUCGCUCGAACAGGCUCAGGCUAUGUCUACAGAGACUGCCAAAGCGCUCCGCACAGGCAUCUAUCAGCGGUGGCAGCAGGGCCGCCAGCACCGCGAGAAAGGCCGUCGUGUCUUGCUUAGUGCUGCUUCGCGAAGCUGGCAGGACGCUCGACAUGGUGCCAAGAUCCUGCGACAGGACGCAUCGAAGAUCUACAGCAAUGCUGGUCGAAAUGUAGCCAACGCGCACUCAUCCUGGCAAGCUGCUCGUCACAACGCGCAGAUCGGUCUCAGUAUCCUCAAAAGAGACGUUGCCCGCGCGCGCGUUCGAGCGGGCCCUUCGGUCUCUCGUGUGUCACGGCAGUUGAAGAGUGCUUCAGAGCAUGCACGUCGCGGCAGUCAGAUUCUCACAGAGCAGAGCCUGCGCGUCCGUGAUAACGCCGGUCGAGGCAUUGCACUCAUUCGCGAUCAAGGUCUCAAGGGGGCAUACGAAGCUGUUCGCAAGGAUCGCAACAUGCGCAAGGCUGCCAAUGCCUUCAACAGGAGCAAAGGCAAGCGUGCUAAUGCCGAUCAUCAUUUCAAGCCUCGACAAUGGCACGAGCGCUUCUCCCGCCGUCAGUGGCCGAGCAUCCGCGAUUGGCGCAAGCCCGCUGGCCAUCGUCGUACGCAUCGCAAGCUGCACGGCAGGAAGGCUCAACGAGCUCGGGAGGAUCCUAUGGACUUUUGGCAAUCGACGGGCGCAUUCGUGUAA